CUCAGUCACAUCACAUCAUAGAUCACAGUUGUUUGGUGUACUUAGUGUUACUAUAACGUUUACGUAAAUGUCAGGAAUUUAUUUUCUAAACUACAUUAAUUUUGUCUGCAGUUAAUUUAUCAAUUAGCCUUGAAUUUACUCAUCAGCAAUUGUGUUUUGUAUUUAAAUAAUAAGUGUCGACAAAUGGAGUUUAAAAUAUGGAGCUGUUUUUCAAUGAUUUUACUUAUUUCAUCAUGUAUUGACGCUGGGAAAGUUAAAAACUCAGGAAAAGUCCACAGCCGACCUAGUUCUGGAGGUUACCAUCCAUCUCAUUCAGCCCCAGCUCCAGCAACAGGAUGGAACGUUCCGCCAGCUCAUACAGCAACUCACCACAACCCUAGUCAAAGUUACAACCCAAGUAGUGGAUACCAUCCACCACCCAACACUGGGUACCAUCCACCACCCAACACUGGGUACCAUCCACCACCUAACACUGGUUACCAUUCUCCUCCUAACACUGGGUACCAUCCUCCUUCUAACACCGGGUACAACCACCCACCUGCCCAAGCUCCUCCUCAGACAAUCAUCGUAGAGUCCGAGAAACGAGGACUCGGAACUCUCGUCAAGGAAGCCGCUGUUGGAGCUGUAGUUGGAGUCGGAGUCAAUGCCGUCGUUAACCGCGUCCUUCCUGGAGGAAUUUACGGCAACAAUCAUCCAGGAUACGCCGCUGCGCCAGCACCAGCAGCAGCCCCUGCUGCUCCUGGUGUCACGCACACUGAAAUAAUUAACAAUUACUACGGAAAUGGAACUGGUCCAGCUCCAGGAGAUCCUGGCCAGGCUCCACCUAACUCAGGAGUUCCUCAGCAAGUUCCUGGUCAGUAUCCUCAGCAGGUUCCUGGCCAGUAUCCUGCUCAACCACCUAGUGGUAAUUAUUAUGGUCAGCCACAGAACUCAGUCACUUACCGAACUAACAGUGCUGAAACAAUGUCUAUAAGCAAGUGCAGCCUUAUUAUUGUUACUAUUUGCAUGUUUGUCUUUGUUAAGGUUUUUUAAAUUAAAUUAUAUUAAAAUUU